AUGGCACCCAACUUUGCCCCGUACGCCGCUCUCUUCGAGAAUCCGCAAGGCCCUGGAGACGCGCGCCCUACGGCCCUGCAAAUCGUCGAGGAUGAAGGCCGUGUCAACACCAUGACCGACAAGGUCAUGCUCAUCACCGGCUGCUCAUCUGGCAUCGGCCUCGAAACCGCCAAAGCACUGCACGCCACGGGCGCCACCCUGUUCCUGCACGUGCGCGACCUCAAAAAGGGCGAGGCCGUGAUCAAGGACAUCCUCGCCACCAGCCCCGGCACCGGCAAGCUCGAGCUCCUCCGCUUCGACCUCGACUCGCUCGACUCGGUGCGCGCCGGCGCCGCCGAGUUCCUGGCCAAGAGCCCCAAGCUCAACGUGCUCGUCAACAACGCCGGCGUCAUGGCCACGCCCGAAGCCAAGACCGUCGACGGCUUCGAGACGCAGUGGGCCGUCUGCCACCUCGCCCACUUCCUGCUCACCAACCUGCUCCUCCCCGCGCUCCUCGCCUCCGCCACCCCCGCCUUCGCCUCGCGCGUCGUCAACGUCAGCAGCAUCGGCCACCGCGCCGGGCCCCCCAACCUCGACGACGUCAACUUCACCGCCACCCCCUACAAGCCCUGGACCGCCUACGCCAACGCAAAGUCCGCGAACAUCUGGACCGCAAACGCCCUCGACCGCCGCUACGGCCCCCGCGGCCUCCACGCCCUGUCGCUGCACCCCGGCGGCAUCAUGACCGGCUUGCAGGUCCACGUCGAUGCCAAGGUCGUCGAGUCAUGGAAUGCGCCCGAGGUGCAGCGCGUCAUGCUGAAUCCGGUGCAGGGUGCUGCCACCCAGGUUUGGGCCGCUGUGGGCAAGGCCUGGGAGGGUAAGGGCGGGAAGUAUCUCGAGGACGUGCAAUUGUCCGACAAUGUGGUGGGAGCGGGCGCGCAAAUGUCGGAUAAGGGGUACGCGGCGUGGGCGUUUGAUGAGGAGAUGGAGGAGAAGUGUUGGAGGAUCAGCAAGGAGAUGGUGGGGUUGACGGAGGAUGUUUGA